GGAAGUCCCUAAAACUGUUCUAAAAUUUCGAAACGAAACGAAGUAGCAACAUACCUUUCUUGUUUAUAUGUGAAACGCAGAAUUGCUAAAAUUAUAAUAAUUUAAUAAUAAACUCAAAGAUUUAUUACUAAUUUCAAGAAUGGCCAACCCCUUAGAGAAUCAUCUGCUGCAAGCCACAAAGAUGAUAGAAAGUCAGCUAGAUGCUGAAAUUGAGCGUCUUGAGAAAUUGGACGAUGAUGACUUAGAAGUUUUACGCCAACGUCGGUUGGAUGCCAUGAAGAAGGCAGCCACCCAAAAACAGGAAUGGCUGGCAGCAGGACAUGGAGAGUACAGUGAAGUGGCAGAUGAGAAAGAAUUUUUUGAUGCUUGUAAAAAAAGCAAAAAGGUGGUUUGUCAUUUUUACAGAGACUCCACAUUCAGGUGUAAGAUAGUAGACAAACAUCUCACAGAAAUAGCUAGCAAACAUAUUGAAACUAAAUUCAUUAAAAUAGAUGCUGAGCGAAGUAAAUUUUUGGUUGAAAGAUUGAGAAUUAAAGUGAUCCCCACAAUCUGUUUAGCUAAGGAUGGUAAGACUGUCGACUACAUUGUUGGCUUUGAUGAGCUGGGUGGUGUGGAUGACUUCCCAGUUGAAAUGCUAGAGUGGAGGUUAGGUCGUAGUGACAUGAUUUCAUACCAGGGUGACCUUCUCGAGCCCCCAACAUUUGGGAAACAGAGCGCAAAGUCCAGAAAAAUAUUUGGAAAGCCAAGCAAAACAAAGAAUGUUAGAGAUGAUGGUAACAGUGACAGUGAUGAUGAAGAUUGGUAGUCACAUGUGAUACUAGCACCUGCAUAUAACACAUUUUUCUCAAACACACUGACAAGUAAUGUUGAUCUUCCAGCUGAAAGAGAAAUGUGAUUUUUUUUUAAUGUCUAUAAGUUCUUAUUCUAUAUAAUUUGUGGUGGGAGACCAACUGUGAAUAUAUUUUCACAUUUAUUAUGUAUACAAAAAAAAUUAAAGCAUACUAAUAAUCUCAAUUCUCAGUACAGUAAAAUAUGAACGGUAUAAUAUUUGUCUGGUCCCUUAGAUUAUGGCCCAUAUUACAGCUUAUUUUUUUAGGCCUCUUUGGCUUUUCCUGCCUAAAAUUUAUGUAUGCUUUAAAAGCUUAUGACAGAAUUUUGUUAGGUUUAUUAUGUUGAAAUUUGUAUCAGCUUACUGCAAGUUGUACACACAUUUACUAUUUAUACAUUUUUUAUCUUAUGAAAUUAAAUUCUAUUCAGUGUG